AAAAGCAUGGCCAUCAUUUGAUUGAUGCCAAACAAGUUUUUCCUUCAUUUUCCCAUGUGUUCGGUUUAAAACUCGGAAAUAGAGAGUGAAGCCUCUCAAAAGCGGAUAAAUAUAAAUAAUUUAAGUAGUUGAUCAGAGAUUUUGCCAGACUUGGAGUAGCAAUGGCUCCUGGAGGCAGUGAGUGCAAAGAAGUUGUUGAAUCUCAUUCUGCUAUUGCAGAUACUGACAUUGCUACAACAAAGUCCGAGAGUAAUACUACAACGAUGAAAAGUGCUGUUAGUUUUGUUGGAAAACAUUUAAUUCAUUCAGACAAUGGUGUUUAUGAGCUCCUUAAGUGUCCUGUAUGCACAAAUUUGAUGUACCCACCAAUUCACCAGUGCCCAAAUGGACACACUUUGUGUUCAAACUGCAAGACUCGAGUGCACAACUGUUGCCCAACGUGCCGCUAUGAUCUUGGAAAUAUAAGGUGUUUAGCUUUGGAGAAAGUUGCAGAAUCCUUGGAAAUCCCUUGUAAAUACCAGAACCUAGGGUGCCAUGAUAUCUUCCCCUAUUACAGCAAGCUUAAGCAUGAGCAAUGCUGUUGGUUUCGUCCUUACAAUUGCCCUUAUGUUGGUUCAGAGUGCUCCAUCACAGGUGACAUCCCAACUCUUGUUGCACAUCUCACGGACGAUCAUAAGGUUGACAUGCAUGAUGGAUGUACCUUCAACCACCGAUAUGUCAAAUCAAAUCCACACGAAGUUGAAAAUGCCACAUGGAUGCUUACUCUGUUCAAUUGUUUUGGAAGACAGUUCUGCUUGCAUUUUGAGGCUUUCCAGGUUGGCAUGGCACCUGUCUAUAUGGCCUUUUUAUGUUUUAUGGGUGACAAUAAUGAAGCAAAAAAGUUUAGUUAUAGUUUGGAAGUUGGUUGCAAUGGCCGUAAACUAAUAUGGCAGGGGAUUCCCAGGAGCAUCCGGGACAGUCAUCGGAAAGUUCGUGACAGUCAGGAUGGACUUAUUAUCCAAAGGAACUUAGCUCUAUACUUUUCUGGUGGCGAUAGGCAAGAGCUGAAGUUGAGGGUAACUGGCCGUAUCUGGGAGGAAGAAUGAGAUAGGAAACCAUGGAGAAUUGAGUUUGUUUUGUACAGUUUCGAAAAUUUCCAGAGUCUCAAUCGACAAACAGUUGAAGCUUUCAUUUUUACGAUCAGGGCUUUUUUUUGUAUUUACAUGGGAUAUGUCCUCUACAGUCUAAUCCCUUUGCUGACGGCCGCCUUCUGCUGAAUCUUUAGUGGAGGAAAUGAUGAUUUGUACGAGUCAACUUGGUUGCUCAAAGUUUAUUCCGGCAACAUGUAUGGAACGAUCUUUUGGCUGUGAUUGCUGUUGGCUUCCUGUAUUAAACCGCUUCUCCAAUAUUUCAAGUUUUAUUUUGAUCAUGUGCUCUGUUUUUCGCCUUGCCUUUUGUAUUCUUUUUUUCGUACUAGACGUGGGGUGAUUGUGAUCCUGAAAAUUUUAUGAGAAAAGAAC